UAGUUUCACUACAUUAAAGGUUUUCAUAUUUUUGCUAUUUAAUUAGAAUUAGAUAACUUGUAUUUUUCUAUAGUAUAUAGUGUUGUGUGAGUGUUGUUUAAUGCAACAAAACAAUACCCAGCUUCAUUUAUGUAGUACUUCUCUAAAACAAGGUUUCCAAAGUGCUAAGAGGGCAUUAAAAAUAAUGCAUUAUGUGACAAAGUUUUCCUCUAGAAGUCACGCAGCAGAUUAAACAAUUUGCAGUGUUGUAAUUCCCCCCUUCCCUCCUGUCACCCUGCCUUGGGGUCCAAGACGUAACAACAGUGUGUAACAUUAGAAAUAGGACAACUGUAUUUUUAAUCUCUAUGGCACAGCAAUAUUAAAUGUCCCUUUUGCACUUUGGCAACACUUGGGGGCUGGCAUGAGGUGUGUGCUGUCAGCUGCCUGGCGGUGGGACCCCAUCGGCCUACUAUUGAAGAGUUUCUGCAUUGCUGUCAUUCCUGCUGGGGGGUAGCUGAUAGCACCACUGAAAGUCCAGGGCACUCAUUACAUGCCAGACAAGAUGGCCGGAGGAAUCUUCACCAACUUUGAUAACCUGUAUAACGUGGACUGCACUAAUGUCCACCCCCUGGUGUGUCACCUGUGCCAUGAGCAGUACCAGUCUCCGUGUUUACUGGACUGCUACCACAUCUUCUGUGCCCGCUGCCUGCGAGGCCGGACCAAUGACAGCCGUCUCAGCUGCCCCCUCUGUGGUUACCUAUCCAUACUAAAAGGGAAUAGCUUGCUGCCGCCAGAAGACCGCCUGCUGAAGUUCCUGGUCGACAACAAUGCAGACGCCGAGGAGACAGUGCAGUGCGCCAACUGUGACCAGGAGAGUAACAUAAAGGACGCAGGGGUGAUGUACUUCUGUAACACUUGCAGCCAGCCACUUUGCAGCACCUGCAGGGAGUUGACUCACAAGGCCAGAAUGUUUUCCCACCAUGAGAUUGUGUCCCUGGCCAAACGCACCCGAGCCAAACACAGGAAGUGCUCUCUCCACGAGGAGCCCUACAUCCUGUUCUCAACGGAGAAUAAGUCUAUGCUUUGCAUCAAAUGCUUCAGAGACAUGCAAGUGGAGAGUCGGACUCACUGCAUUGAUAUUGAAACAGCUUACGUGCAGGGGUGUGAGAUGUUGGACCAGGCUGUGCUGGUGGUGAAGGAGCUGCAGACUUCAGCUCGGGAGGCGAUUGUUUUGCUGAGAGCGAUGAUUGGAGAAGUGUGCCUGAAUGUGGAGGAAGAGGAGAGUGCAAUCUGUACUCUGUUCAACAGCUUGCAGGAAAAACUAGCAGAGAGGAAGAAGAUCCUGCUGAAAGCAGCUCAGAGUCAACACGAGGAGAAGGAGAAAGCACUAAAGGAGCAGCUCUCACACCUUACUGCCCUCCUACCAACCCUCCAGGUUCACCUCGUCACCUGUUCGGCCUUCCUCAGCUCAGCCAACAAGUUUGAGUUUUUGGACAUGGGCUAUCAGCUCAUGGAGAGGCUGAAGAGGAUUGUAAAGCUCCCUCAUCGACUGAGACCAGUGCAGAGCAGCAAAAUCAACACAGACUACAGGAAUGAGUUUGCUCGCUGUCUGGAGCCCUUGCUGAUGCUGGCUCAGCGCUGCCCUCCUUCUAUUGCUGGAUCCAUAAGUGUCGCAGCAAGGCACCAGUCCCCCCUCUCCGUGUCUUGCCGCUCCCCGUCUCUCAGUGAGAUGCCCCUGGGCUCGGUGUGCGGGCGAAGGCCCACUUGUCACCGCAACAUCUGCACCAAGGUGCUCCUGGCUGAGGGGAAGGAAACACCCUUCACCGAGCACUGCCGCAACUAUGAGAACACCUACAGGACUCUUCAGACAGAAAUUCAGAAUCUGAAGGACCAGGUCCAGGAGAUGCACCGAGAUCUGACCAAGCACCACUCCAUCAUCAACACGGAUAAGAUGGGAGAGAUCCUGGACAGAUCAUUAUACAUCGACAGCCAGAUAGCCUCCCAGCACUCCACUGUGGAAACUAUGAGAGUCAUGUUUGAAGAGAUCUGGGAUGAGACUUUUCAGAGGGUCACUAAUGAGCAGGAGAUCUAUGAAGCCCAGCUUCACGACCUAAUGCAGCUGAAGCAAGAGAACUCUUACCUAACCACAAUCACCAGACAGAUCAGCCCGUACAUCCUGUCUAUUGCCAAAGUCAAAGAGAGACUCGAGCCCAGGCUUCAGGAGAACAAAGAGCACCAUGACGACCGCACAGAGACGAUGCUGAAAAUAUACGAAGACAGCACAAUGGCUAAAGACAGUCAAGACAGUGACAACCAGACCUGUGUCACAGACCAAGACAGACACAAGAACAACCACCCACUGAUCCUCGAGUCAGGGGACAGCUCUGUCAAGACCAAUCGUUCCAGCAGGUCGAGGGCUCCCACGGAGACGUCCAGCCACAAUGAGAUGCCUUCAUAAACACCAUGUCAUUUGAUUUCUAUCCCCCCUCUCCCCUCCCUGCUCCUGUGUGCCUUAUUUCAACCAUAACAAGCCCAGGACGGUAUGUGCCUUCUUUCUGUGCUGUCCAGAUUCUGUACAUAACAUUUUCACAGUGGUGUGGAGCUGUCAACAGCUCCAAGGUGAACCAUUGGACAGACACUAACUGGAGGUACAUAGUGUAUAUGGAGGUCAAAGACUGUCAGGACAUGGACAGACAAGGAUAACAACAUCAUAAAGAAUUACUUUGGUGUCAUGGGCUGCUUUAAUGAGAAGUGAAUUAUAUCUCUCUUUCCUUUCUGUUGUUGCUCUGUUUUUGCUUUGGCUGUUAAAAAGAUAAGUUUGCUGCAAGUGUGAAUUAUUGCUGUCUUUGUUUUUUUCUAGUGUGUGUGGAAUUGCUUUCUGCAGUAUCUUUCCUUUGCAUAAAACAUUUUUUUGGGGCGGUGAACCUGGAGGCUGAUGAUGGAUGACUGCCCAGGUCCGAUUUCCCCAGAAGAUUGUUGAACUGGUGUGACAGCACAGAUGGAACACAGCAAAUGCAAUGAUGUGUGUGUCAUUCAGGGUGUCAGUGUAGGUCACAUGUUGAUGUGUGUCUCCUCCAAAAUGAGGCAGUCAUUUCCAGGAUGGUGUCUGCAGAGGGGGAUUUUUUUCCCCCACGCAGUUUCCACAUCUACAUGCAAAAAGUGGAAAAGCUGGAAUUACAGAGGUGUGUGAAUGUAACUGGCCUCGCCAUAACCUCGAUCUCCUGCUAGUUUUUUCAGACUCCACACUUAUUCUCAAUAUCCCGGCCGACCCUAGGCCCUGUCUACAGGAGGAAAUAUAUUCCUCUUGGUUUCGCCUCUAGACUUCAUUGCAUGUCAGUGUCAGCAACAUGUUUUCAGGCAUUUGCCCUGCAGGAAUCAGCAGGUAACUUUCCUUUUCUCUUACUUCCCCUCUGCUUCUUUUUACCUUUGUAUUCUCCUUAAAAAAGUACUUCACUGCUGGAAAGAUGAUCUUUUCAUAAAGCUGUGCUGUCUACGCAGGAGAAAUAUGCAAAUAUUUUUAAAACUGGAGCAACAUGACCAGAGAAAACAGAAGAAAAGGGCUGUAGCAUUUGCUACCUUCUAUAAAUACAGUGCCCCAUAACAUGAUUUCAGUGCUGAAAAAAAUCCCAGAGGAGACACUGACGUGAAAUAUUGUGAUAUCGUGGUUUUAGCUGGCUAAUGUUAGCUAACGUUGGCUUGCUUUCUAAUGCGCAUGAAUUGUGUGCUAGCAAAUGUAGCAAAAUACUGUAUUGAGUGGAUAAUGUCCGCUAAAUUAUCCUGACUCUCUGAGCUGGUUUAGAAAUUUCUUUAUCAGCUACAAAGCAACCAACACAAGAUCCAUGCAGCAUAGCUAAGUUACAGCUAGCUUGGCAGCUAACAAGCUAACCGUAGCCUAAGCUAAGGUUAGUCACCUAGCUGUAAAGCUACACUGUAUGGGUCUACUGUUGGUUUGUAACAUUAGCUUAUAAAGUAAUUUGCAAAUGGCAAGCUAGUU